AAAAUAAGCAUUGUAGGGGUUGUCUAAAAUUGAACCAAAAAAAUAUGGCUAAAGGCAAAGGUAAAAAAGGUGGAAAAGGAGAUAAAAAAGGAGCAAAGGGGAAAGAGGAAGUACCACCAGAUCCAAAUGCACUUACAGAAGUAGAUAAAACAUUUUACGAACUCCAACUAGCGGAUGUAAACCGGAAAUUAGCCCGAUUAAGAACGUUAAGUGACGAGCUCGAAGUGAAAAAUGAAGAGCUUCAAGCAGAACUUAAAACGAUGGAUGAAGACCGAGCUGAUAUUAUCUCAUAUUUAAACCGAACGCUACAGGAAAAAUGUGACGAUAUCGCCGAUUUAAAUAAUCGCCUAGUGGCGUUACAAGAAACUCGAGAAGAAGAAGCUGAAGAUUUCAGAAACCAAAUCGUCGAUAUGAAAGAAGAGUACAGAAUGAUGCAAGAACAAUUAUCAUCCGAAAUCAAACUAUUAAACGGCAAAUUAAACUCCUUAGACGAGUACAGAAUUCAACGAGACGAUUUAAUGCAAAGAUACGAAAUCCAAGAAAAAGCAAUGGAAGAACAAGAACUCCGGCAUAAAAGAGAAAUUUACGAAAUCGAAAAAAAAUUUAUAAUCGGUAAAGAUCGGUUGAAAAAAGAGAUGGAGGAGAAACUCUUACAAUUAUCUUGCGAUUUCCAAGACGCCACCAAUUUAAGAAUAGCAGCAACAACCCAUAAAGUAAUCAGAGAAAACAUCACCAUAAAUAACGAAUUAGACGUGAUUUUAGCAACUCAUAACCGAUUACAUACCGAAAAUGAAGAAUUAAAAGAACGAGAUCACAUUUUACGGAUGGAAGCUGAUCUACAUCAAUCUGAAAAGAAUAAAGCCUUGGCGAAAUCGGCCGUUCAAUAUCAAUUAAUUUCUAAAAUGACGAUCGAACAUGAAAAAUUAAUGCAACAAUUAGAACAUUACAAAGGAAUCGAAAAAGAAUUAAGCUCGGCUAAAAUAAAAAUACUCGAAUCAGAACGAUCCGUAGAAUAUUACAUACAAAGGUGUAAAAUUCUCGAGCAAAAUCUUCACUUGAGUAGAUGUGAUAGAGUGUGUUUAAGAACAGAUGUAAGUUACGCGCAAGGUGAAGUCGAUCGAUUAACCGAAAUUCUUGUUCAUGCUGUUAUGUGCAUCAAACAAGCUUUGAAUUUAGAACAAGAUCAAGCAGCCCAAGUAGCGCAAAGUCGAGACGAUUUAUUACAAACCCUAUUAGAAGUUUUAGGAAAAGUUUACGAACUCCAACCAAGAAAACCUUCAUUAUCAUCCGUCGAAUCAUUUACAGCAAUGUACAAGAAAGGCGAUUUAGGAUUUGUUCCGAUUGCAGUUGAAUUACGAUCUAAAUUCCCAACCAAACGUAACACAUACACCGAAAUUGGACCAAGUCUUGAAGAUAUGGCUGCAGCGUACAGCGAAUUAGGAAUAGCAGAUAAAAAAGAUGAAUUAACCGGAGAAGAACAAAGUGAGGAAGGAACCGAAGAAAGUAGUGUACACGGAAAAGAAGUGCUUUCGUCAGUUGUCGAAGAGAGCAGCCAAGUUCUUUUCGACGACGAACCUGAAGCACCAUCGAUUGACUCGGAGAGAGGCGCUGAAAUUAAUCUGUUAGAUUUAGUCCCUGAUGCGGGUGGAGUUGCGGUUGCGCAUGGUGAAGAUUUCGAUAUGGGUGAACACGAAGAAGAAGAAUUUGGGGAAAAGAAACCUUCGCAAGAGGGUGUCCCUCAAGGUGAAACUCACGAAGCUGAGGAAGUGGCCCACGAAGAAGGUGAUACGGCUCAACCUGAAACACAUGAAGGGGAUCAAGAAACACCUCAAGAUGCUUCUCAAGAUGCACCUCAAGAUGCACCUCAAGAUGCAACUCAAGAUGCACCACAAGAAGGUUAAAAAAAAUUAUUUGUAAUGGGAUGGCUUAUAUAAAUGUUUUUUGUAUUCUCGUAAUUGUGGAUUUUUUAGUGGUAAUAAAUAUUCUUUAAAUUUAUAAAUAAUCAAUUCAUAAAAUUCCA